AUGGGAGUGAAAAUCGAUGAUAAGAAAUUACCCCAUCUUCGCUAUACUGGUGACAUCGUUCUUAUAACACCAAACCUUAGCGAAGCGGAACGAAUGCUUGCCGAGCUUGGCAAAGCCUAUGGAAAGAUUGGUUUUCGACGAAAUCUAACAAAUACGAUGUUCAUGAGGAACGGAUUGGUUUCGUAUGCCCAAUACACGCUCAACGGAACGAAUAUCUCCGAUUGCUCCAGUCAGCUCUAUCUAGGUCGGGAAAUCAGCAUGAUGAACGACUUAGCUCCAUAG